AUGGACGUAAGGAUGAUGUUCCUCUAUGCUACCGCAUUGCUCAUUUUAGCUGGUAAGACUUAGAAUAGCUAUGGUGCAGUAUCAAUUUACUCUAUCUUAUUCUUUAAUAAAAAAGCACCGUUAUACUUUUGUACUCAGGAGAAAUAAGUUAAGAAGUGUUGCAUGUGCUCUUUUUUUAUGAUUUAUGAUUCAUCUAGUAGCAGAGUACAAAAUCGAACGGCUUUGUUGGGAGUCGCCAAUGUUAAAUCGAAAACUUUUUUUUGAAAUCUUUUAGUAUCAAUUUUUCACUCUUUUUCUACUUCGACCCUUCCUUAAACAUUUCAUUGUCUGAUGCCCAGUGGGGGGCGGGGAGUCCCUAGUUCCCUUCCUUGAACACUUCAUUGUCUUAUGCCCAGUCAGGGGGGGGGGGGGGGCCCCUACUUCCCGCCCGUAAACAUUUCAUUGUCUGGUGCCUAGCCCCCGGGGGGGGAAGGGGGGAGGGGGGUGGGGGGGGGGGGGGGGGUUGGCGGACCAUGCAAGGGUUCGAACAAAGUUAACCACCAAAAUUGUGGUGGGGCGGGGUGGGGGGGGCGCGCGCAGCGUUUGGUGUGUCGUCCCCCUGUUGGGGGGUGUGGGGCGGGGUGGGUGGGGUGCGGGCCCCCUACGGCGCGGCCGUAAACGUUGCGUUGGCGGGGGCGGGGGCGAGGUGGAGGGAAGGGGGGAGGGGGGAUGGGGUGUGGGUGGAGGUUUGCAGCACAUGUCACAGUUCGAUCAAAAUUGACCAUCAAAAUUGAUAAUGUUUGACAUCUGUCUAUUGACUGGGGUAUUAAGAUUUCUGCACAACCCCAUACAUGUAUUAUUUACAUAUUUUGACUGUAUUCAUUUUAACUAUAUGUGUGAAAUGAUAUGAAAUUGAGGCAUGCAUAAUAAAUGUAGGAGGAUUGUACUGCAGGCAUUUCUGACCACCUUUUGUUUGCAUGGCAGUAUGUUAUAGCAAAAUAUUUCGUCUACAAAGCAAGAGUGUGUUCACUGAUUGUUUUUUUUUUCCACUUCAGGAGGUACUCAGAGCACUCCAGUUCCAGGAAAAUUUUCCUUUGAAGUCACUGCAAAAAUUGAAGUACUUUGUGUACAUGUUAGUUACAGUGUUGCAAUCAACUGCAAGACUAAUGAUCCAAGUGCAAAUGUUUCUCUCUCUCUUCCUAAACACUUGCCAUCACACAAUUUACCAAGCUUGCAAGGAAGGUUAAAAAGAAAUGGAGCAAUCUUCACUAUACAAAAAGCAAUUUUACACGACGGAGGAAAAUACUAUUGUGUUGCAGAAAAGAAUGGGAAAGUGAUUAAAAGAGAAAUCUAUCUCUACGUGGCAGGUACGUGUGGAAUAUUUCAAAGUUACAUACUGUAAUAUUGGAUGUCUAUGUCAUAGGCUUGUAGUGAUAAAAGAUUUAAUCUUAAGGGCAUUCAUGCUUGCUGUUUUUGUCAUCUCCUUAUGCACUCAUGAUAUUGUCCCACCAUGUCAUGUAGCAAUUUCUGACUUUUCAGACAUUUUGGUUGCCAUGGCAAAUAGAAAAACAUUUUUGCAACUAAAAUUGUAGCAGUAGUCACCGAUUUAUUUGCUGGCGAGCAUUAUGUGAGCCAGCACACUAUUCUCUACAAUAGCAGGAAAAAGCCAAAAUUUAUUGGGUGUAAGAUCAGGAGCAUGCACAGUCGAUUGCUUUUCUUAUUAUCCGGGGUAUUCACUCCUUUGCAAUGACAUCGUGUAAAACGCACUUGGACGAGAUCGAGAGAAUACAAGAGCAUGGUGGCCAGCGGAUAAUUGCAGUAUUUUUCCCAAAGUAAAUAUUUCAGAGACAGGAAGCGAACCAGCAGAGGAAAUGGUAAUAAUUGUUCUUCAAUGAUUGAAAAAAUAAUUUCAUUUCUCUUUGUUUUUCUCGCAUAUCGUAUUUGUCCUUUGGUAUUGAAAUAAUUAUUGCAUUAUGCAAGUGUCACUCACUGCAACCAUGUAAAUUCUUAACUGACAACAAUGCGGGCUGGACUAUUGAUCGAUUUUAUAGGUAUUUUGCCGGGUGAGGAGAAGAUUAUAGAAGUUAUGAUACUGACAAAAAUCACUAGAGAAUUAGUGUCAAAUUUAUCAGAAUUAAGUCUAUCCAAGAGAGCUUUAUAAAGUAUGAGCUUGCAUACCUGAAUAAACAGAUUCACACUUCAUAACAGUGAUGACAUUUCACUUCUUUUAUUACAAUCAGUCAACACCUGAAAUUCAAAGUUAAAAUUCAAACAACCCUAAUAAAUUACAACUAUUGCUGAAAGCUCUGUACCUUGAAGCGACCUUAAGUUUCCUUAGUUUUGCACCAAAACACUACUUGAUAACUCUUUGGCAGUUCUUUCAGCCUUUGUAUACGCAGCUAUAUGUUGCAUAUUCAAAACUCUGUGGAGGAAAAUUGUUAAAAGGAAAAAGCAAAACACACACUAUGUCUGAAAAGCAACAUAAAAUGAAUAAUUUUGUGAAUUACCAAAAUAUUAUACUGAGAAACAAUCCUGCCUUCAACCUCCAUGAUUUUGUUCCUUCUCAAAAAAUGUUGAUCUUUGGUUUAUGACGUAAUGUUCAUGAUCAGUAUACAAAUAAACUGGCAAGGCUCUUGAUGUUCGCUCUGCAAGUUGUGAGAACAAAUCCUCUUUCAUAGAGAUGAGUUUUUCUCUGUGCAUUCAGCAGAAGUGUUGUGCCAGGCAAAAAUUUUUCUGUUGGGAGUAAACUGCUGACUCUAGCUCGCGGGUCUUGGGACAAAAGAGAGGAAAUGUGUGAAGCAAACCAGCUUUGCACCUAAAGCCACUUCUGUACCACAAUCAAUAAAUCAUUUGAAGUAUUUUUGCCCAUUGAGGCGUUAAAUUUGAUCUUUGUGUCAACAUCUCUUCCAAUUUAGGUUAAUAAUUCAGCUUAUAAUUUGACCAUGAGUCACAUUCAUCCAUCAAGGCGAAAGAAAGUCUGAAACCAUGUAAAUUCAAAAUGUGUAUCACUCUUUGAAGCUAACCCUUGGCUAACCAUUCAACUGUAAAAUUAUUUGACUGUCAUACUGGCAAGUGCCUGCUAUGCCAUGCGCCAGCACAUAGACUACUGUCAUGUCCAAUGUUUUUUUAUACCUUUAAGUCCAAAAAAAAUUACUGAGCACCACAUUUCCAUGUGUCAAUACUUUUGCACCUCCUUUUGCAAAUUGGCAGAAACUUUGUUGACAUAGUAGAGUAGCAUAACACAAAAAUGUCAUGUCUGCCCUGGGAUUCAUCACUUACCCAUUCGUGACCACAAUGAAAUUAUUUCUGUAGGCUAAUAAAGAAAUUUUAAAAAUAUAAAAAAGCGAUUACUUACAACCCAGGCCUCGUUUAUCAUCUGCUUGCACUCUGGAAAUUCGCUCAAAGGGCUUCCCCAUUUAUAUAUCAGAAAUACACGGAAAUAACAUAUUUGUCUUUUAAGGCUUACCCACCCUAAUUCUCAGGUAUUAUUUUCAUUUUCUUCACUUUUUUUAUUUUUAAACUGUAUUCUCUGUAAGCUCUGAUGCCAGCACUUAAUUUCAAAUUGAAACUCUUAGUUUUAUUUGUUAGUCUAGGUUCAGAUGCUAUACUUAGUUCACAUAAGCUGAAUCCUCACGAAGCACAACUUCUGAAUCAGUUUGAAAAAACUAAUUGAAUUUGAAUCGGCUCAACCAUUCUUCUUGCCUGGCUCAGCUGGGAAUAACAGCCCAAUUUACCUAAUAUUAUUUAAAACAGUGCCUUAUGUGUUGUAAGGAAGUUCUUCAGUAUGCUUUUUCUUCAGUACAAUAUGGUGAUACCCCAAUUUUUUUUUCAUUUCUUUAUUUGGUUAUGUAUAAAAGAAGCAACAGUGUUAAAAAAUGACCUUUGCAAAGUCAUUGUAUGGACAGUGCUUGUUAUGAAAAUAACUUAUUGAAUGUUUGGUCUUGCUUUUGUCACAGGGAUCCCAAAUCUUUCCAUUGUUCCUUAUAUGAGCAAGCGUGUACCCAAGGGAUCAAAUGUCAUCUACACAUGCAAGGCACAUAAUGCUACAGUUUGUGACAAUUUGCAGUGGUCCAAAGUCAAUGGGCUUAUGAAUGACGUUAGCGUAACAUCACCGUGGAACAAUAACGGAGUGUGGGAAACAGAACUGGAAAUUGAAAAGGCUGCUUUUGCUCAUUCCGGGAGAUACAAGUGCGAGCUUUCUUAUCAUCAGGAUUUGUUGGCGGAAGAUGAAGUUGAAGUGACAGUCUCUGGUAAAUGUCAUUUUAAGGUCAUUCAUGUAAAAUGAUAAUAAUAGUAAUAAUAAUAUUUUGUUAAUAUUAAUACUGAUAUUUAUGAUAAUUUUCUUAUAAUUCAUGGAGAAAUAGAGGAUAUUACAUGGCUGCGCGGAGAUACGAACUUUUCUCUUUGAGUGUUGAAAAAUAUUUCACUCGUUCGCUGCUCUCACUUUCUCUGCUUUCAUAUCUCCAAGCGGCCAUGUAAUGUUCUAUUUUUUAUAUAAACACCAAUGAAAUACCAAACCAUUUCACUUUAAUAGUUUUUUGGUGUAAAAGGCUCAAUUUAUUAUGUAGCCAUAGCAAAGGUGAUAUUUUCACAUGUGAAGAUAACAUGUUAUUUUCACAUGUGAAGAUAUCAAGUUUUCGCGCAAAAGCUCACCUGGUAUUUCAUUGGUGUUUAUAUAAUAAUUAUUGAUACCACCUUCUGGUUGUCUGAAAAAGCAGUUGAGCAUCUUAUUUUUCUAAGUUACAUGGGGCACUGACUGGGAAAAUUUUGGUGUUUUGGAUACAUGUGGGUGGUUACAAAUGGAGGCUCGACCCUCCCCACUGUACAAAUGUCUGUACAAUUUUGUGACUUUAUGGAGCAAUAUCUUUGCUCACUUUUAACCCUUUAAGCCCCAGUAUCCACAUUCAACUUCUCUAAACUGAUCUCCAUACACUUCCUUACAGAAUGAGUUUAGAGAAUUUGAUAAAAGAUCAUGGCAUUUUUCCUUGGGUGAUCACUUUAUUAAUUAUCAUAAUUUAUCUCUUGACAGUGUAUGGAUAUUGUUAGGAAAAAAUUGAUCUUGGUCACUAUUGGCACUUAAAGGGUUAAGGGAUCACCUUUAAAUUUGGUAAAUUUCCUAAUUUCAAGGUGGUCUUUCCAUCAGUGUCUAUUGAUAUUCCCUUACUGGAGGUAUUUGUAAGAGUCAAAAGUCAAAAGAAUUGUAGAAGGGUCCAUUAUUGCAGCAUCACCUAAUAUCAUAGGCCCUGGCUAAUAUUAUCUACAUCUACAAUGUACAACUUUAACCCUUUAAGUUCCAAUAGUGACUAACAUCAAUUAUCUCCUAACAAUAUCCAUACACUGUCAAGAGAUAAGUUAUGAGAAUUAAUAAAAUGAUCACCCAAGAGAGAAUGCCUUGAUCUAUUAUCAAAUUCUCUCAACUAAUCCUUUAAGGAAAUGUAUAGAGAUCGGUCAGGAGAAUUUGUAUGUGGAUAGUGGGGCUAAAAGGGUCAAUCUACAACAGUUUCCCAUCAUACUUGCCAUGACUUAAACAAUUGCAUGAUGCCAGUGCUUCUUUUCUUUUUUAAGACAAAACCAUGCCUAAAAUGAGAAAGUCAGCAAAUUUAAGGGUGACAUUAUUAAACAGUUUUGAAAAGUGAAGGUGUAUGUGAUUUCGUUCCAGCUCCAGAGGACGUGAAGAUAACCACCAGCUCCCCUUCUCCGAUAUGGGUAAACAAUCCAGUCCAGGAAUUGAGAAUCAGAUGUGUCGCCACUGGCUUUCCUUAUCCCACAUUCACAUGGCAAAAAGAUGGGAAAGUCAUAGAAAAUUGUGAAAUACAUGAAGAAUGUGCCAAAACUAAGAGGUACCUUUUGACGUCGUACGGCCUGAAAAUAGUGCAGCCACACUAUCCUGAUGAUAAUGGCAAAUUUAGCUGUGUAGCAAGAAAUGCUAUGGGGACAGACAGAAGAGACUUUGAUGUUAUUAUACCAGGUAGGUUUUGAUUGUGUGGAACCCUUUUCCCUCUGAUCCCUCACAGCCAAUCACCCUCUGAGAAACCAGAGGGGUGAGUUCAGAGGUCAUCAGUCCAUCAGUGUACACUGUACAAGUGUUGCCUAUCAGCUGUGACUGUUUCCUUAGGGCAUCCCCUUAUUUUUUUUGUCUACCGUUGAAUGCUUUUCCUGAUUUUGCGUCAGUCGGUCGGAUUUAAAACAAAAAAAAUCACAAGGAGUGUCGGAAUAGGUGGCUUGGUACCCCUGCAUCGUUGCUGUGGAGCCUGGGAGCAACAAGACAUGAAGUAAUAUAUCAAGCUUGAGACGCAGUGUUUCAUCUAUUGAUGAAACACUGUGUUGAAUGCUUGAUAUUACUUUUCAAAGAGAUUUUAGAAGAAAUUAAGGAUGCAAAAAUGAGUAGUUUUUCGCCUGAUUUCCAACACUCAUUAAACAUUCAUUUUCUUUGUAUUUUCUUUAUGAAUUAUUAAUGAGAUUGACGACACAAAGUCAAUAUGGCGGAAGAGUUGGUUGAUGUUUUAGCAAAAUUGAGACAACGUAGGAAAACAAAGUGCACAAUAUAUUGUAAAAAAAUGUUCCAGUUUCGCUCAAUGUUACUAUGCUCAUUUUUUGGACUAAAAGAAGUAAUUAAAGUGAUAAGAGGUUUGUUGUGCAAAGAUUGAUAUAAUGCUUGGGAGACAUGUUGGAUCAAUUAAGGUUUUCGGAAAACUGCCCACCUACCCUUCCCCUAACCCAACAUUUUGCCCCAAGUGAGAAGCAAAUGUUAACGUUAGGUUAGGGAAGGGGUAGGAGAGCAGUUUCCUAGAAACUUAAAUUGAUCCGACAUAUUUUGUUCGGCACAAAAGAUGUGAUUCAGUCAUUCACAGGUAAUUUCUCGAGUGUCUUAGCGAAUAAGGACGCGUAAAUUAGCCUGAAUUUCACUAAAUUACUUCGAGUCGUUUUUACUCCCUCCUGAUAGGAGAAAACGACUCGAAGUAAUCGUCUGAAAUUCAGGCUACGUGUAAAUGGUAUUCUAAACAAAAUAAACUCGACAGCCGUGACGUCACAGCUCUUUUAAAUACUUAUGGUCACUGCUCUGUUUUCAGUGAAACCUGUUUUAAAGAAAUCAGUUCAGACAAUGUACCCGUGGUCACCUGGCAGGAAAGAACCAUUGAGUAUCCCAUGUGUUCUGCAGCAGGGCGCCACCCCAGACGUUACGUUUACCUGGCAGCGGCAACUGAUCAUAUAUGAUAUAAAGCUCCUUCAGAACAUCGCUAAAAACGACGAUAAAUUUGAAAUCAUUUCUUCCCCGAAUCAUACAGGGAGUGUAUUGAAAAUUGUAUCAUUUCCUCAGCCUUCAAGAGUCAGCUUUGUGUGCAACGCAGCUAAUUCAAAGGGGAGUGAUAAAAUGACGUUUGAACUUGCAGAAAUGAGUUAUUAG